UUCGCGACGUGUGAGCAACGCAACCAGUCGCAUUCACAGCGUCCGUGCGACCACUCCGUACGACCUUGUGACCGAUAAACUCGCGAAUAUUAUCGUAAAAAUAAGAAAUACAUUGAAAUAAAAGUGCCCAGUUCUCAAUUACUGAACGCCUGAUAUUUUUUUUAUUGAAAUUAACAAAGUAAAUCAUGUCAGCGGAUCAAGUUUUCCACUCAAGAUCUGAAGGUAUACCUUCGGAGGGAGUAAAAGAUCAAUAUGCAGAUGGAAAGGCAGCCAGGACAUGGAACAAAUUCAUUGGAGACAGCAAUGAGAGGACACAGAAUUAUAAGGACUUCUUGAUUGGCCUCCUCAGAAAAAAUGGUUGCAAGAAAAUCCUGGACACAGCCUGCGGUACCGGGAUAGACUCAAUGAUGCUGGUGAAUGAAGGCUUCAAGGUGGUGUCAGUGGACGCAUCAGACAAAAUGUUGAAGCACGCCCUCAAGGCGCGCUGGGAGAGGAGAAAAGACUCGAAAUACGAUGAGUGGAUCAUCGAAGAAGCAAACUGGGAGACCUUACCUAGGGACAUCGAAACAUUCCUGCCUAACACACAGUUUGACGCCGUCAUCUGCCUUGGAAACUCCUUCGCCCAUCUUUUAGAUGAGUACGGAGACCAAAGGAUGCAGAAAAUGUGCCUGAGGAACUUCGCCAAAUGCUUAAAACCUGGCGGUCUAUUAUUCAUUGACCACAGGAACUAUGAUGCCAUUAUCGACAGUGGCGCCACCCCUGGACACUCUAUUUAUUAUAAUUGCAAAUACCCAGUGGAUAUUAAGACGUCGGUGCUGGUGGUGGGCGGAAAAGCUCAGCUGGUGGCGUUAGACUACUGCAUCAACGACGACGCCAACAGCGAGAAGAGUGAAUUCCGUCUGUGCUACUUCCCUCACAAACUGGACAAGUUCACCGAAAUGCUGGACGAGGCAUUCGACAACCGCGCCAAGCACGAGAUCUAUGCUGACUUCAAGCCAAUGAGCGCAGUUCCAGUACCCAGCUUUUAUAUACACGUCCUAGAAAAAGCUAGAAAUUAAUAAGUUAAACCUAAAAUACAUAUGUAAAUUAUUUGUAUUGUUUUUACACAUCUGC